AUGACCGACCCAAACCCAACCUUCAACACAGAGCGCCAUGUCAAAUACUACCUCCGAUGCCUGAAAACCUUCCUCCCGUCCGCCUAUACUUCCAAUGACUCUAAUCGCAUGCUCCUCGCCUACCUGACGCUCUCGGGAUUAGACGUGCUCGGCGUUCUCCAGAGCAAAACCACACCGGAAGAAAAACAAGGGUACAUCGACUGGCUCUACCACUGCCAGGUGCCCUCGGGCGGAUUCCGUGGCUUCCCAGGCACAGACUUUGGACCAGAAAAGCGAAAUAAGGAUAAUGAAGCUUGGGAUCCAGCUAAUGUCCCCGCGACAUUCUUUGCGCUAGUCAACUUGCUCAUCCUCGGGGAUGACCUGUCGCGUGUCAAGCGACGGGGGUGUCUUGAGUGGCUUCCCAAAGUCCAACGCGCCGAUGGAAGCUUCGGUGAACUUGUCGGUCCUGAGGGGCGUGUAGGGGGGCUCGCGUGCCAGACGUACGACGGUGGCAUGGCUGAGUCUCCUUUCUGUGAAUCGCAUAGUGGGCAUACUUAUUGCGCGGUUGGCUCUCUAGACUUCUUGCGCCGGACCUCUAAUGAUCUAAAACCGCCCUUACUAUCGGCAGGCUCCGAUCAAUUCGAGGCUUUGAUUACAUGGCUGGCUUCGAGGCAAACAACGCAGCUAGAGGAACCCCACGAGGAUGAGGAUGAUGAACAGCUUGAGGUGGCAGAGACGGGAUCUCUCGACGAUAGAGUCCGCGGGUUACCCAAUGUUCAACCCAUCGAGGCUGACACAAUAUCAUGCGCCGGGUUCAACGGCCGAUGCAAUAAAUACGCAGACACAUGCUAUUCAUUCUGGAAUGGAGCGACACUGAUGAUGCUGGAUCAGUAUUCCGUGGUCGAUGAAGUUCGCAAUCGUCGAUACUUGCUCGAAAAGACCCAACAUCUUGUCGGUGGGUUUGGGAAGGGGCCCGGGGAUCCUCCUGACCUUCUUCACUCAUACUUUGGCAUGGUGUCCCUGGCUUUCCAGGGUGAGGCGGGACUCAGCCCCGUUGAUCCCACGAUGGGUUCCAGUGAACGUACAGUGCGACAUCUUGAAUCGCUGCCGUGGUGGCGAUGA